GAGUCUGCAGACGGCCGUGGCUCCUCUGUUCUUCCCGAGGCUACAGCAACAGCCAGAGGUGUUCCUGGGGAGAUGGCGGAACAGCACGGAGCACCCGAACAGGCUGCAGCUGGCAAGAGCCAUGGAGGCCUUGGGGGCAGCUACAAGGUGAUCGUGUACGAACUAGAGAACUUCCAAGGCAAACGCUGCGAGCUCUCGGCCGAGUGCCCCAGCCUGACCGACAGCCUGCUGGAGAAGGUGGGCUCCAUCCAAGUGGAGUCCGGGCCGUGGCUGGCAUUUGAGUCCAGGGCCUUCCGCGGGGAGCAGUUUGUUCUGGAGAAGGGGGAUUAUCCUCGCUGGGAUGCCUGGUCCAACAGCCAUAAUAGUGACAGCCUUCUGUCCCUCCGGCCUCUGAAUAUUGAUAGUCCAGAUCACAAGCUGCAUCUGUUUGAGAACCCAGCUUUCAGUGGCCGCAAGAUGGAGAUAGUGGAUGAUGACGUGCCCAGCCUGUGGGCUCAUGGCUUCCAGGACCGUGUGGCGAGUGUCCGUGCCAUCAACGGGACGUGGGUUGGCUAUGAGUUCCCCGGCUACCGUGGGCGCCAGUACGUGUUUGAGCGGGGCGAGUACCGCCACUGGAAUGAGUGGGACGCCAGCCAGCCGCAGCUGCAGUCUGUGCGCCGCAUCCGCGACCAGAAGUGGCACAAGCGGGGCCGCUUCCCCAGCAGCUGAAAGGCACCCAGACUUCAAGGACCCAGACCCACCCUGGGGUGCUGCAAGGGCAAGAAGAGGAGGCUCCAGGGUUGGGGUGAGGGCCGACCUGUCCACCCUUCCCUGGAAUCUGCUCAAUAAAGCCUGGGGUUGGUCCCCCACCCGCCA